AUGAAUACCCUCCAAUCGUCGGAGGAUAUUUUCAAGACCUUGGAUGGACGCAUUGGUGCCAAGAGACCAAGGGAGAGGUCAACAUCUCCAGAUUUUAGUAGUAGUCCGAACCCAACGAGUGUUCGUGGAACUGAGUCCGAGGUGCCCUUGCUCAGCUUCUCCGACCUGAUUCGCCCACUGAGCGCAACUCCAUCUCCGGAACCCUCGCCCCCUUCUGGUACUUCAUCGCAUUCAAAAGACAAGGAUACAGUAGGACUCUCUUCAGAACCUUUUGAUGGAAUGUACACAGACGAGCGCAUGUCAACUGGAGAAGAGAGCGAUGAGCUGAUGGAUGACGCGAAGGUAGCCGAAGUCCGGAGGAUGGUUAUCGCCUGGGGGAUACUUUCCCCUGAGUCUGGUCCCGAGAAUAGCCACAGUAACCGUGAAAGGCAACUUGCUAUGAUGGUUAUGGCGUUGACUCACCCUGCGCGGCCCACAGCUUCUCAGAUUGCUGCACAGGCUGAACAUAUUCGAACACUACUUGCCGAGAGAACUGAUUUGAAUGAUUUUCGGCAUGCGGAUCGAUUGAGCUUCGAAAGGACUGCUCAAGCGCUUAGUGCACGCGCGUCUGUAUGUACCUAUUUAUUUUCUUUGCUCUUCCUUGCGCAUGUGGAACUGAUCCUUUUCUCUUCGCACGGAUCACCGUUACAGCAAAGGGUCUCAAAGUGGACUGGAGGUUCUACUACCUCAAGGGAAGCUGUUCAUGAAGACGAGAGAUCCAGGACGGUAGAGUUCCAGACACUACAGGAUAAACUCUUUUCAGAAAACUCCAGACUGGAACACGACCUCCGAGAGGCUAGGCAUGAGAUUGCCAUGCUAAGACAAAGUAUUGAAGAUAUGCGUGUCAGUAUACUCAUUAGGCAAGUGCCACAUACCACUCCUUCAAGUGCUUUGACAUCCCAGAAUGAAUCAGCGAUCCCUCCAGCCCCAAAUCCCCGUGGCAGGCCGAGAAAAUAUCCAGUGCCGUCACCAGUAGGCGGCUCGGUUCCUACUCAUUCUACCCCAGGCGCUCAGCUUCCCACUUCAUCAUCGUCCAUCUUGAAUACCAACACAGUCGGGGCACCCCAGCCUCCUCCCGAGAAAAGGAUGCGGGGGACACAGCCAGACGCUCGCGCAGAACUGCUCGUUGCGGCAGCACGGCGGGUCGGAAGAGAUCGCGUCCUUAAAUUGUUAGAAGGGUCAGAAGUCGGGAGCCCGGCUGGGAAGGAAGAGCCCAAGCAUCUUGCUGGCGGUGUGGGUCCAAAUCUCAGCCAACCCAAGUGGGACCACUCUUCCCUCAACACAGCCCUUCCGAAGGUCAUGUUCCUCGUACCGAGUCAUCUCCAAACAGUGGACCUGACCGUUCCGCCGCACGUCGUGGACGACCCCCGAGGACUAGCAUAUCAUUUCCGGCUACAUAUCACCAUCAAUUCACGAAUUUCUUCGCUGAUGAGUGCACAGGAAGCGGACAGGAACACUCUCGAGUCAUCUAUUCUAAGUGGCAUUCGAGAUAAUACAAUUCCAGUAUCGGCUAACCCAACUCCGCGAAGGGCGCAGCAGGUUGUGGUACCUUUCACCGGCGACCCACAAAUUGAUGCACAAGCUUGUUUGGCAUCGUUCGUUGCACAUUACCCUGGAAUUCAGCCCGCCUCGGUGUCUAACUCAACAAAACAAGAGGCCAAGUCCAGCUUGGAAGAUGCAUUUGGAUCCCGUUUACCACAGGGAAACUCGUCACUGAGCACAAAUACAAUUGAACAGUACCCUCUAAGUGAUGCUACCCAGACCACCCCGAGCCGGAACCCUAAUGAUACCAGGAAUCACGGACUAGACCACCUCCUUUCAGCUGCCCGAACUAUGCUCCGCACUCGGAGCCAGAGUGCAUCUCCAACACCACAGAGGCAGUUAACCUCAAAUUCAGCUCUGGCAUCACCUCAUCAUAUUUCAACUCGAAAGCGACGCUCACCUUCACUGAGUCAUUCUUGCCGUGCUACUCCAGCCCCUUGCCGACAUUCAUCGUCACCUGUUGAGCCAGGAGAUAGUGACACUGAGCCAGAAGAGCCUAGUUCACAAGGCGGUCGACGUGUGUAUUCAGCACUGGAUGUUCUUGCGGAUCAAGCAGCUGCAGCACGUACCUCUUCACCAGACCCUCCAAUUGAUCGUCUCGUUUCACCGCCGGAGCGAAGGGAGCACCAUAUUUACUCACUUACCCCUUUCCCUGUUACCCCGGAGCCCCAUGCAGCACUGUUUGCUCCUCCUGCUCUAGGCUCGAUCUUGUCUUCGCCUAUGACAGCUAUACCUACUUCUGACCCGCCUCAGCUCUCGAGUUCCAGUACGUCGCCGUCCACACUUGAUACGAUGGACAACAUAAGGCGAGGUACGCCAGAGAAGCAGCAUUCCAAGCGGACGGGAAGGAUUGCUCCAGAGUCUAGCCGGAGUCAUACAAAUUUGGGGCCGCCAUCAGGUGGAACGGCUUCAAUUACAAACUCGGUCUCACAUGCAACUACACAUUGGGUUACUGGCCACACUGAGCCAUCUCCUAUGUCCGACGAGAAAAUUACUCAUCUUGGGCACCUUCCGUUUACACCCCAAGGUUAG